UGGACUCCAUUUCUGUCUGGCUCUUGCCCCCGUUCUCGUCGUCUCUUCUUCGUUCUUGACCCGGCACCUUGUUCAUUUUCUGGCUCUCUCUCUCUCUCUCUCUCUCUCUCUCUCUCUCUCUCUCUCUCUCUCUCUCUCUCUCUCUCUUCGUCUCCUACACCCAUCAUUCACGAUAACCAGUCGAGACACUUGGUCACGUUGCGCCGUCGAUCGCUGCUGCUUUACACAUACAGCGUCAACUCAUCGAAGUAUAUCGUCGCUCUUACUCAAACCCUGCCUCGCUCGACCCGGCCCCGAGGCGAUCCGAUCCAACGCUGCUGCCUCUCGCCUAUCUCUCCUCUCAAGCAAUCCCAGGCACCAACCGACCUGCUGCUCUGUGCCUCCCACCUAAGAGGCCAUUGCACUGGUGGAGACGACGUACCUGAGUACCUCAGCACCGCCUGGACCCGGACUUGGACCUGGACCUGGACCUGCUGGACUGGAACCACCACUAACAACAUCUGCUGCACCUGCACCUCACCUGCACCUUGUCCUGUCCUUUUCGCCUCGCCUUACCUCACCUCACCUCAUCUCGCCUCUGGCCGCCAGCUGACCGGCUUUUUCCUCUCACUUUCGCUUACCCUCACCCAUCUCACUCUUCCGCCAUUACUACGACGAACCCAACCCCCCCGCCUUGCAACUUCUCUCCCUCAAAGUGGUUUACGCCUUACCGCCCCUCGAUUGCUGCCGCCGUCGCCGCCAAGUAUCAAUGUCCCAGUCCUGACGCUUGUUUUCGCCUUGCGCAACUGGGACGCCCCGCCUUAAUUCGCACUACGACUACCCAGUGUCUAAUCUAUCCGCCGACCCUUCCGUUCCGCUUGCAACCAUAAGCCAGUCGUUCGUUGCGUUCGAUGUACCUCAAGAUGCGAAUACCUUUCCAUCUGUCGUCUGGUCUUGAAGCCCGUUCGCCCACAGGGCUGCAACGUCGGCAAGAGAUCGACGGCCGAAAGAUCACCACCAUUGUCAUACUCGCCGUGCUGGUCGUACUCAUCUUCGUCGCUUUUGCUGCCUUCUCCUGCCGCGCAUCCCGUCGCUCCACUGGUAACAACUCGAAAAACGCCCGCCGCGGCGGCUUCUUGAAAUCACUCUGGAACACCGGUACCGGCCAAAACAGAUACCGCCAGGCCCAGGAUGAAAACUCCACCUCUACCGAGCAACUGACGACGCGCCGCCGCUCGCGCCCGUCCUCUGUUGCAUUCGACGCCUCGGCAGACCAACCGCAGACCGACGCUCGCUCUCCCAACAGCGCUGUGAACCGCAAUACCUCGAUACGCUCCGUCAUGACGCUGCCUGCGUACAGACUCGAUCCGAAUGAUAACGAACAAGUCCUCGGUCGCGAGGGCGAACGCGGAGGUGUCGAUGUUGUCAUUGAAUACCCCACCGAAGAGAAUGAGGAGGAUCUGCGCGACCAAGAGAUGGAGGCUCUCUACCAGAUUCGCCUAGCCCGCCGCCAAGAGCUUGCCGAGCGUGAUGAGCGGAGGAGAGAGCGCCAUGAAGCGCGAGAACGUGGCGACCUGGUGGCCCUGGACAACAUUCGUACGAGAGCUAGAAACGCCAGCAACAACAGUGUCGUCGCCGUCCUUCGCGAAGAGCAUGAACGCCUCAAGAACGAACGCCUGAGGGCUGUCUCGAGUGUGUCAUAUGCCGACCUGGGUGUUGCACGUCACGACGGAACCCGACUCCGGGCCAACAGCAACGAGAGCGAACGAAUGGGCUUGUUGUCCGACUCGGCCAGUAUCGCUGCCACGUCGAUCCGUUCCGGCGCCGAGUCCGCCGCGAACCACAGGAGAGGACGCAGUGCUAGCUCUGUAAUGAGCAUCGAAAGCGAUCUUCCCUCGCCGGGUUUCGCGCCGAGGUCCCGGGCCAACUCGCGCCCGGACACUCCUCGCUUGGACACCCACUCCGGCUCCAGUCCCGAAAUCAUCGAAGCCGACGUGGGUGAUGCUGGCAUGCCCAUUUACUCCCCACCCGGAUACGACGAGGUCUCACUGGACGACGAACGCUCUCGCAGUAAUACGCCCCAGCCAAGCACCGAGCCUCCACCAAACUAUCCGGGUCCUGCCCAACAACGUGCCCAAAGCAUUGCCUCGAGCAUGGCCGGCUUGGCCGCAGAUGACCAAACGACGGCUGGCCUGACAGGCGAACAGCGUCAAACAAGAAAACCACAACUACCUAGCUUGCGUCUCCAGCAAGUGCCGCAGAUUGUCAUCGAGCCUUCCAGCGCCAGACCACACGAUGACAGGUGAAUAAAGGUUGGGCCUGGAGGCUCAGACACACAAAACUCGAAAAUGAUGAAUACGGCUGAACCUAAUGAGCCUAUUGUACACGAAUGAAUACUAGGGGGGCAAUUUUGUUGAUACAUACGAAGCGAGCGGAGCCUGAGUUGGCAAUAUAAAACACAUGUUAGGCAGGGGGUGAUGCCUUGCGUGGCAGCAUCCGAGAUCCCAUUUGCGUAAUAGCUUACUGGCGAACUGUAUAUCGGCGUUAGGCGAAUCUCGUUCCGGUUCGAACGAGCUCCAAAGGAUACCAAAGUUGUUUAGAGAAGUUGAUGCGUUAUACAUAGGUUGGAGCCUGCGCGCUCAACGUGUCAGUGGCUUGAAAUCGUCAUACUGAUCAUUUAAAUUGAUCUGUCUUGGCCAUGCUUGCCGUUGGGAAAUGCUCGCG